UUCAACUCAUUUUUCUGCUUAUAGACCUUCCCUAUCUGGCUUUCUGCAGCACGAGGCAAAGAUGCUCGCCAAAUCUCGAGCUAUAUUAUUCAAAUUUGACUGUAAUGGGUUUCUGUUUCGAUACUCGACUGCUGCCCCGACCAAUUUAGAGGAGUACCUCAUCAACUCACUGGGGUUCUCCAAACAAGAAGCCAUUUCUGCCUCCGCAAAGGUAACCUUCAAUUCCUUAAAGAACCCUGAUUUAUCAGUCAAUUUCUUCAAACAAACUGGUUUUAACGACUCCCAGAUCAAAAUCUUGGUUUCCAAGCACCCUAAAGUGCUAUUCUUUGAUGUUGAAAAGACCCUUAAACCAAAAUUACAAUGUAUUUCUCAACUUGGGUUAUCUGGUUCCGAUUUAGUCAAAGUCAUUUUGAGAGACUGCAAAUUUCUUGACACGGGAUUACAUACCCGAAUAAUACCCCUUAUAAAUCUUCUUAAAAGUGUAUUGGGUAGUGAUGAAAAUGUGGUUAAGGUUAUAAAGAGAUGUGCUUGGUUGAUUAGUUACAAUAAUCAUGUAACCAUAGAAGCCAAUCUCAAUUUGUUGCAAUCAUUUGGCUGUUCAAAUGAUAAGAUCAAGAGUAUUUUGAUUACAUGUCCCAAGAUUCUUACUAAUAUUAAUAACAAGAGGCUUGAGGAAAUGUUGCAUAGGGUGGAAAAAGAAGUUGGUGUUUCUCCUGACUCCACACUGUUUCUCCACAUCGUUUGUGUGCUUAGUACAAUGCGUGAAGAGAAACUAGAAAAGAAAUUUGGAAUCUUCAAGAGUUUUGGCUGGUCUGACACCGAUAUUCUAACGAUGUUGCAAAAGCACCCUUACUGUAUAGGACUAUCAGAGUUUCCUGAUAGAGAAAGAAUGCAACCGGUUAACUUCGUCACAAGCAUACCCAAUCUCCUCAAAAGUUUUUCUUGCCUCAGAGUACUCAAAUCUCGUUAGCUGAGCUUCGAGAAAAUCAUCAAUGGCGGAAAAUCAAACUGAACAAGUUCAUCAAAUGACGGAGACAAGUGAGCAGCUGGAUUUUCACCAUCCGUUGUUUUUACAGCCAUCGGAUACUCCGGGAUUGGCGUUGAUAGGAAUCAAACUUAAAGGUCCGGAAAACUACACUUUGUGGAGCAAAUCAUUGUGGCUGGUUCUACUAGGCAAAAAUAAGCUCGGUUUUGUAGAUGGAAUAUGCACGAAGUUUGGCCAGCUUAUGGGAGAGAUGCAACGCAAUAGUGUUAUCGUGGAUUGGAGCUACCGUAUCACCAUAUCUGGUUUCUAGUAUUGUCUAUGCAUCAGAUUCGAAGACAGUUUAGGAUGAAUUUAAGGAGCGAUUUGACAAAUCAAACCUCAUCAGGAUAUAUCAAUUGUGGAAGGACAUUGCGUCACUAACUCAAGGUAAAAACAGUUACGGUUUAUUAUUCCAAAAUGAGAGAUUAUUGGGAUGAGUUGGAUACAUUAAUGCCUAGUGCUAGUUGUAACUGUGAGGCAUCUAGGCCUUCGAUAGAGUUGUUGAGGAAUCAGCGUCUACUUCAGUUUUUAAUCAGAUUGAACGAAAGUUGCAGUCAUGUGAGGAGUGAUAUAUUGCUGAAAACUCCUGUGUUAACUGUCAAUAAGCGUAUGCCUUAGUAAUUCAGGAGGAGAGUCAGAGAGGUAUGGGAGUAGUAGAUGGGAAUAGAGAAUCUAUGAUUAUGUUGGCACGAAAAAAUCAGAGGUUUCAUGAGUCCUCCAAUGGGAGGUUUAAUGCACCUGGUCCUGUGUAUUUAUAUCAGAAAUAUCAGAAUCAUAAUCAAAGUUAUAAGCCUAGACACAAUCAGAAUUACAAGCCUUCGGCACCACCAGAUACUGUGUGUGAUACUUGUGGUUAUAAGGGACAUUACACUAUGGAUUAUUACAGAACAGUUGGCUACUCACCAGAUUUUUAAAGCAAGAAGAAGUCAGGCCUUGUAGGUGGCUCGACUAAACCUUAUGCAAAAAGUAAUGUGGUUAAAGCAGAGGGAUCAAAUGAUGGACAAGGUCCGGGGAGAUAUAUCUCUGAAGAACAUUAUCAAGAGCUCAUUGGAAAAGGAAAUAAAGCUAGUACUUCAGUUGACUUUCAAGCUCACAUGACAGGUAUUCUUGCACUAUUAUCCAAUGCAUUUUCACAUGAAUGGAUAAUUGACUCAGGUGCAUCACAUCAUAUUACAUUCCAUAGGGAAUGCCUAGAUGAUAUGUUUAGACUUUGUGAUCAAAAGAGUGGUGGUGUUCAGGUUCCCACUGGAGGCAGAUGUGUAGUGACACAUAUUGGAAGUGUUAAGAUUUUGAGGAGUCAUAAAUUGAAGAAUGUCCUAUUUGUGCCAGAUUUUAAAUUUAAUCUCUUGUCAGUUUCAAAAUUGACUAGAGAUCUCUGUUGCUCAGUGUCCUUUUACCCUGAGUUUUGUUUU